CGGUAUCCGUUCGGCGGUGCUUCAUAUGAGAAACAAAGUAAAGUUAAGUUCGUAAUACCAUUUGCCAUGAUAGCCAUUGUGCGCCUUGUAGAUUGGAGAAACACCGCUACACGGUCUUUGCCGUUGUGAUGCAGAUCAAAAACAACGCAGUAUCAGAACGGAAGAUGUGGCUGGUCUAGCUGUCUUCCUGUUGGAUCGUGGCGCCAUUGUUAAUGCUCGAACUACUGAGGACUGGAAAACUCCGUUUCAUUACCUGGCUGAAUUUGGAAAUUACGGUGUCCUCGUGGCUUUGCUGAACAAUCUUCCCUAUCAUGCGAUACAUACCGCGCUGCACAUGCGCACAAAGAAAGGACUGUCGCCGCUGAUGUUAGCGUCCGAAGUUGGCAAAUGUAGCGAUUGUAGAAUUACUUCUGGAAAGGAAGGCAAGAACUGACGUCUUUGACGAGGAAGGAAGAGCAGCAUUGCACCUGGCUGCGGCUCACGGGUACCGGGAUAUCGUCUAUCUUCUGUUGCGAUACCGAGCUUUCGUUAACGCCAAAACAAAAUCCGGCUUAACGGCUAUGCAUCUGGCAGCCCGACGAGGAUCCAAAGAUAUUGUAGAUCUGCUCCUAGAUCAUGCUGCAGUCCAGGACACCAUGUCCAUUCACAAGAAAACACCACUGCAUUAUGCGGCUGAAUUUGGGAGCAUCGACGUAUGCCAACAGUUGUUACAAAUGGGUUCGGAUCCAGCGGCUAAAGAUGAAUAUGGUCAAACACCACUACACCUUGCUGCUCAUGCCGAUCAAGACGGUGUGUUCGACCUUUUCAUGGGUCUUCCUGCGGGACUGAAACUUUUGACUCCCACCGACUGGAAUGGACUCAAUAUAGCCCAUAUUGCCGCACAGCAGGGCAGUAUCCGAGUAAUAACAAGGCUGCUGGAUGUUGAUCGUCACCUGGUCGUAUCCUCCAAAAUUCAGGGAACGGAUUCAACCGCUCUGCAUUUAGCAGCUAUUAAUGGUCACGCGGAGGUUCUUCGUGUUCUCCUGGAAAAUGGUGCAGACGCCACACAAGAAAACAAGGAAGGUUUCAAUCCUCUACAUUUAACCGCCAAGGUUGGUAACAUCAGUGGAUUUCGGGUAUUGCAGAAUUACUUAACCCUGAGGACGUGCAGCAUGAAGAUCGGCUUGAACGCAGUACACAUAGCGGCAUAUUAUGGUCAAAUGAAUUUUCUCCGGGAAGUACUGGAACAUGUCCCUGUGGAUACAAAAUCCGAACAGCCGACGGUGAACAAUGCUUUUGUCAAAGAGACAGCUGCUGAACCCGGUUUGACCGCACUACAUCUGGCUUGUAAAGCGGGGCAGGACGAUGUGAUCCGUUUGCUGCUGACAUUUCCCGAAUGUGAUCCCGAUGCCACCAGCACGACGACCGGCGCGGUUCCGUUCCAUUUUGCCGCGAGAAGUGGGAAUAUCGCAGCUGCUAACCUACUGAUGGGCCGAGCGGAUGUCAACAUUGCCGAUCACAAAGGACGAACAACGCUGAUGUUUGCUGUCAUUGCCGGAAAUAUGGAAUUUUGUAAACUGCUGAUGGAUCACGACGUCGAUGUCCUUGUGCAAGACCAGAACGGAUUCACUGCGCUGCAUUUUGCUGCAGCUACCGGCAAAUUAGAUUUAGUUAAACAGCUGCUGGACCAUGGCGCACAACCGGAAUGCCGCACAAAAGCUGGAAAAACCCCGCUAAAGGUGGCUGUGGGUGCUCGUCAACUGGACACCGUCCGGUUUCUUCUGAAACAGCCGUACAACAGCACAGAGUUGGCUGAAGAUCGAGAAUUUUUGUACAAUUUAAUGAUAUGUAGUAAACUUGCUCGACAACGUCCGCUGGAAGAAUUUAUCAUCCAUGCGCAGUCUCCCGUGGAGGUCGCUUUAAAGGUCACGGAAUUCUACCGCACAGCCGCGACGAUGGAUCGCGAAUAUGAGCACGAUUUAGCACAUUCCAGUUACUUUUGCUCAGCUCUGACGUAUGAUCUUCUACAAAUUGCUUGUCAAAACACACACCUGCCGUUGUUUUCCAGUCAUACGAUAUUCAACUUCGUCCAUUAGCCGAUCUGAUACUCGAUGGCGACCACAAACAUUUGGCGGCUUUGCCGGAACUGCAGGUAUACGUCACGAAAGUCUGGCUAGGCUUUCAGGCAUGGAGUUGGCUGCGUAUUGGAAUAGUGUUUUUGGCGCUGCUAGUGUGUCCUUUAUUAUGGAUUAUCUUUUCAUUACCACUCGGGUAUAAGUAUGCCGACAUUCCUUUGAUGAAGUACAUUUGUAAUUUGGUUAGCCAUUUGUACUUCCUGGUCAUUUUGGCAAUAACCAUCAUGUCACCUUUAUUCCCUUAUACGAACGCCCAAAUUAUCGAACACCUACGCCGGAGGAAAUAAUUUUGUUAGUAUGGAU